AUGGCGCCCAGGAGCCCUGAGGGCAGCCAUGGCUGUGUGUCCGCAGUGCUGCUGCUGCCCUACCCCUUCACCAACCUGGUGCUGGACGUGGUGCUGCUCUUCCUCUACCUCGGCACUGAGGCCACCCGCAUCUUCUUCGGCUCCAAGGGCAACCUGUGCCAGCGGAAGGUGCCACUCUCCAUCAGCCUGGCCCUGACCGUCCCGGCGGCCGUGAUGGCGACGUAUUACCUGCUGCUGCAGACCUACGUCCUGCGCCUGGAAGCCAUCCUCAGCGCCAUCCUCCUCCUCUUCUACGCCGUGGAGCUGCUGCUGGGCAUCCUCGCCUUGGUCUCCUUCUCCAGCGUGGAUUCCUACUGAUUGCCCCAGUGCCACGCCAAAGGACCCACCACAGGUACGCCAGGUGGUGGGGAAGCCCCCGGUGCCACCUCCACCACCCAAAAUCAGGCCCACACCGGUGCCCGUGGGGAGGGGGGACACCCC